UGUCCCUGUUUAGAAUUAUACAUUUGUUGGCAGUGGACAUGUGCCUGCUCGUCUGCUCCGAUAUGGCACCCGGGAGACUGGUUAGACAGAGCAUCGUGUGUGGACACCAUUCAAAAGGAAGAGGCCCUCACUUAUCCUCAAGACACCUCUUGGCCAGCUACUACUGCAACUGAACUAGGCCACUUUCUGCACAGGACUUUUUUUUUUUGUAACCCACCUUCACAGGACGACUCCUGGAACUGUCCCUCCUUCUACCUCCUCUUCACGCCCUACCGUGCCUUCAGGUUCCGAAGGCCAUUGCUCUGGCUGAAGAGGUGGAGUGGUGACACUGGAGAAGAUGGCACUUUAGGCCGCGUCUGCUCACUUGGGGGUCAUGGAUGAUAUCAAAGUUCACAAGACAAUGCCACCUAGAGCCUCACCAUUGAACGAGUAGUGGCGGGAUACGAUUGGUUUGUUGCAACAUUUAUGUCCCAGUGCUGUCUCUCUACAGUGGAAGUCUCCUACUGGUGUUUCUGUUGCUCGCUGUGGAGCACCUGGGCCUGAGCACCUGGGACUGAGCACCUGGGCCUGAGCACCUGGGACUGAGCACCUGGGCCUGAGCACCUGGGACUGAGCACCUGGGCCUGAGCACCUGGGACUGAGCACCUGGGCCUGAGCACCUGGGCCUGAGCACCUGGGACUGAGCACCUGGGACUGAGCACCUGGGACUGAGCACCUGAGACAGUCAGUCAUGGGCAAUGCAGCUGGGAGCAUGACAUUGCCUCUGGGGAAGGAGGGGAAGGAGGGGAAGGAGGUGAAGGAGGGGAAGGAGGUGUCGCUCCCCCCGUACUCUGGGACCCCCCAGAGACAGGCGGCGGGGCCCAAGCACCCCGUGCCUGCCAAGGAGGAGUUAGAGGAGCGCUUUAGUGCAGUACUGAACUCCAUGAAUCUGCCUCCAGACAAGAUGAAGGUCCUCUGUCAAUAUGACAAUGAGAAGAAGUGGGAGCUGGUGUGUGAUCAGGAGCGAUUUCAGGUGAAGAAUCCACCCUCUGCUUACUUGCUGAAGCUCAAGAGUUAUCUUGACCAGGGGGGUGUCAGUCGUAAGUUCAAGAGACGUGUCCAGGAGUCCACACAGGUUUUGAGAGAGCUGGAGAUUUCCCUGAGGACCAACCAUAUUGGCUGGGCCCAGGAGUUUCUAAACGAGGAGAAUUGUGGUCUGGAUGUCCUGGUUGACUACCUGUCCUUUGCCCAGUGUGCUGUCACCUAUGACAUGGACAGUUUGGACAACGGGACAGCGCUGGACAAGUCAGUGGAGGACUUGACGAGGAGCGUGAGCAACUCUCCAACCCACGGUGCCACAAGGGCCACGCGAGCCCUGACCCCGAGAUUCAACUCUCUCCACAACAGGAAAGCUCUGAGGAACUCGCGCCUCGUCGGUCAGAAAGAUGACGUUCACCUCUGCAUCAUGUGCCUACGUGCCAUCAUGAACUACCAGUCUGGGUUCAACCUGGUGAUGGCCCACCCCUGCUGUGUGAACGAGAUCACCCUCAGCCUCAACAACAGAAGUCCCAGGACCAAGGCCCUGGUUCUGGAGCUGUUGGCCGCCGUGUGUCUAGUCAGGGGGGGUCAUGACAUCAUCCUCUCUGCCUUCGACAACUUCAAAGAGGUGUGUGGAGAGAAGAGCCGCUUCGAGAAACUCAUGGAGUACUUCUGCAAUGAAGAUAGCAACAUUGACUUUAUGGUGGCGUGCAUGCAGUUCAUUAACAUUGUGGUGCACUCAGUGGAGAACAUGAACUUCAGGGUCCACCUGCAGUACGAGUUUACCCACCAUGGUCUGGAUGACUACCUGGAGAGGUUAAAGUUCACAGAGAGUGACAGACUUCAGGUGCAGAUCCAGGCCUACCUGGACAACUUGUUCGAUGUGGGGGCUCUGCUGGAGGACGCAGAGACUAAGAAUGCCCUGCUGGAACACAUGGAAGAGCUGCAGGAGCACAACACACAGAUAAGCAUCAGGCUGGAGGAGAGUGAGAGGGAGGCAUUGGAGAAAGUGUCAGAGCUGGAGAAACUGCUCAUCCAGACCACCAAAGAGGCAGAACUCUUAAAGGAGAGUCUGCGCGAGUCCUGUGCCCAGGUGACCGUUCUGCAACAGCGGGAGAUAGAGGGACGAAUGGAACGAGAGAGAGAAAAAGAGAGGGAUAGAAAUCGUUCAGCCCAGGCUCUGGCGGAGCUGGAGGAGAAAAUUCAGGCGCUCGUGGACCGCGGCCUCAUUCGAAUGGAGCGCACGUCCUCCGGACACCUGGAUCUCCAUGCGGUCCCUGGCAUCCCUGCUGUUUCCAUCCCUGCAGAACACGAACAAAUCACGACCGUCGACGGGCCCGUGGCGACACCCACGUCUGAAGCGCCGCCCCCUCCCCCAUUACCCGGUGCAGGAGAAACUACCGCACAAGCUCCUCUCCUUCCCUGUGCCCUUAUCCCUCCUCCACCUCCUCCUCCUCUUCCACCUACAGCCCGUCCAGGCUCAGUUGGUCCACCUCCUCCACCCCCGCCCCCACCUCCUCUGGGCCCAGCAACACCACUAGUCUGCGGAGGUGUGACCAAUGGAUCCACUGGUAGCAGAAACAAGAUGCCCAUUCAGACUAAGCACCGUUUGCCUUUACUCAACUGGCAGGCCCUCAAACCCCACCAGGUGGCUGGGACAGUCUUCAGUGAGCUGGAUGAUGAGCACGUGCUGGGGGAGCUGAACAUGGAUGCCUUUGAGGAGCAGUUUAAGACCAAAGCCCAGACAGCCCCGGUAGACGUGGGGACCCUGAGAGCUAAAGUAUCAAGGAAGACCUCAAGCAAAGUGUCCCUACUGGAGCCCAACAGGGCCAAGAAUCUAGCCAUUACCCUUCGAAAGGGAGGCAUGACAGCGUCAGAUAUCUGCAAUGCUAUAGAGACGUAUAACCAGGAAGCGCUGAGCCUGGACUUCCUGGAGCUGCUGGAGCGUUUCAUUCCGUCAGAGUAUGAAGUCAAGCUCAUCCAGAACUACGAGAGAGACGGGAGGCCCCUGGACGAGCUCCCAGAAGAGGACCGUUUCAUGGUGCGCUUUAGCAAGAUCCCACGACUGGCCAUGCGGAUUAGUACGCUCACCUUCAUGGGCAACUUCCCGGAGAGCAUCCAGCUCAUCCAGCCGCAACUCAAUGCGAUCAUCACCGCAUCAAUGUCAAUCAAGUCCUCGGGCAAGCUGAAGAAGAUACUUGAGAUCAUCUUAGCCUUUGGAAACUACAUGAACAGCAGCAAGAGAGGGGCAGUCUAUGGGUUCCGCCUGCAGAGUCUCGACUUGCUGUUAGACACCAAGUCCACAGACCGGAACCAGACCCUACUGCACUUCAUAGUGAACACCAUCCAGGAAAAAUACCCCGACCUCCAGGCCUUCUACCACGAGCUGCACUUCAUGGAAAAGGCUGCUCUGGUGUCCCUGGACAGCGUUCUUCAGGACGUGCAUGCACUGGAGAGGGGCAUGGAGCUGACACAGAAGGAGUUUGCCUUACAAGAAGACAGACCAGUGCUGCAGGAGUUCCUCGCCAGGAACAAGGAGCUGCUUGACUCAGUGAUAAAAGAUGGGAAGACUGCCCAGAACGUGUAUGAGGCAGUGGUGGAAUACUUUGGAGAGAACCCUAAAACCACAACUCCAUCCAUGUUCUUCCCUGUCUUCGUGAGGUUCAUCAAGGCCUAUAAGCAAGCAGAGCAGGAGAAUGAGCAGAGGAAAAAGGAGGUUUUGGUCCGCAAAGGGAGGACUGGGCCAACGCUAAGCCCACCUGACCCUAAUAUGGGGCAGAAGCAGAUGACCGCGAUGCCCAAGAUGCCCCAGAUGGACCUGAUAGCGGAGCUGAAGAAGCGCCAGGUGACCCCUUUGGUCCGAGAGGGUAAAGACGGAGCCAUCGAGGACAUCAUUACAGACCUGAGAAACCAGCCGUACAGACGGACAGACGGAUCCAGGGUCAGCGCCAAGUGGAAACCUGGACAGAAGCUCCAAGUCUCCUCUGAUAUCUCCCUGUAAAAAGCUGCACGUACACACACACACACACACACACACACACACGGAUGUGCACACACCAUUCACAGCACCAGUCUCAUUUUAUUUCAUGGAUAUUCAGUGCACAUCCACUUGAAUCACUCCCCUGGGCUAAACCACAUGCAUGACAGGCGACUGGAUCAUCCCGUGAUUCUGCUCAUAGCAACACUGGGUGAUGAGUGCCUGCUCCCUGGGAACAGCUUUAGGCCUUAUCGCACAGGAUGGUGCAGUUUCCUAAUGCCUCCCUGAGCCACAACCGAUGCGUACAGUAAAUCCAGUUCUCUGUGAAGCACGUCCUGUUUCUGCACACUGCUAAUGGACUGUGGGCAUCGCACAUACUCUCCAAGACUUUUGGGGUUGAGCAUUGGGUCUGUAAACACAAUGAUCGUUCAAAGCUAGACAGGAUUCCACAUUUGUUUUUCAUAAUGAAUGGCUUGUUCUUACUUGUGGUACUCAAACAGCUGCAACCUGUCUAACCCAGUAACUGCUGAGAUGUAAAGGCAGUCUGUCUGUCUUUCUCUCCAACAACUAGGAGGAUAACAAGAGCUCAGGACAGAGCUUAGAGCAAAUGUAUAAUAUAUUUAAAUUAUUUUUAAUAUGGAGGUGUGUCAGUAAUCCUUCGUUUCACUAUUUUGAGUUUGAACUAAUACAUAUUUCGUACUGUGAUUGCUACUCUACGAGGUGAUAAAUCAUGAAACAUGAAAUUGUUUUGUUGUUUUCUUUCUUUUCAGACACAGACUGAAAAGGAAUCCUUUCUUGUAUAAGAUGUUCACUUUUAUUGUCACAAAAACACAACAGGAACGUACAAAAGCAGCAGUCUUUGUUAGGUACCAUAGUUGAUUUUCUCACAAAAAGCAGCAACAGUUCUUUGAACAUGUACCAUUGGCAUUUGCCCUGUUAGGCGCUUCAUAUUUAUUCUGUUACUGUAUCACUCUCUUCUUCAUUACUCACUAUCAACACAUCUGACACAGCAAGCGUCACUCGUAGAAUAAAAGAACAGUGGUUGCUCUACAAUAUGUUCAUGUCUUUUUCUUUACAUUAACUUUGACAAGUAAAAGGGCUCCUACUGGCCCUGUUUCACAUGAUACAAAACCUAUUGUCCUGUACAGUGUUUAAUCUGAUAUACUCUCACAGUUAUACAGACAGUAGUUAUUGAACGAAAUAACAGGACUUUUCGUUAACCCAGCGUGCAAAUUCCGGGAAUGUACAGUGUUGUGCAUGCUUUUAGGAUUACAUGUCUCUCUAAAAAAAGAAAUUCACAUACAAAUCCAUAGAACAUUUUCAGUCUAUAUACAUGAUUUCUAACAUCCACAGACAACUUUAAACAACCACACAUUCAUCAAGAGAUCAUACCCUAUAUACUGGAUUGUUUACUUGUGACAGUAGUGAGUACUUGUAAAGAGGGAUGAGAAAAUGUGCUCUGGGUCUCUCACACACACACACACACACUCUUUCUCUCUAUUCCUUUCUUUUUGCCAACACUAUCCAAGCCGGGGAGACUGUAGUGUUACUUGUAGUUCAAAAUUCUUCAUCAAUGAUUUCUGUUGGGAGUGUUUGUUGCUUCCCUCACGUCUUGGCUAACCAUAUUCAAUCUGUCUGACACCAACAAUUUCUUUAAUGGUCUAAGUAGGUAUUAACAAACCAAAAGAAUCGCAAUAGAAAAGA